AUAUAUAUACACAACAGCCUACUACUGAACAGUAUACCGUCUUUAGCAGAGCCUACUAUAGGCAGGUAGGAAUACCCUCCAAUAUUUUCUAUAUAUAUAUAUAUAUAUUGGUCUACCAGUGGAAUGAGUUUCGAGAAAGUUUAUAUGAAAGAAGUGAGACCACCUGAAGAGACGGGAAGGCUCUAGAGAUUUCAGACAGUUCUGGAAGGGGGAGCACAGGUGGUAUAAGUGGCUGGCGCAGCCACCGCUGCGAGUCAAGCAAGCUCCACGAGAAGACUCGUUCAGCAACGUGAGGUACUUCAAGAGUUCCAAUGACAGAUAACAAGAGGUGAGCAAGCGGCUUUAUUGACUGACAAUUACCAGUGCCCCAGCACCAGGGGGUAAGGCCAAAGCCUUGGCCUUCAAGUCUCAGAAAGAGAUGUUUCAGAAGAUGGAGGAAUCGUUCAAAUUCUGUGCCAGUUGCAGAAAGCAGCCUGGUCAGGUUUCAGAUGCACAAACGCUCAAACGCUGUGUGAGGUGUCUGAAUGUCUACUACUGCAGUAAAGAGUGUCAGAAGGCUGAUUGGCCUCAGCACAAGAAGGUCUGCUCGGAGUUGCGUCUAGUAGCCAUUGACCGACUGGUGGAAUGGCUCGUGUUCAAAGGAGACCUCCCAUUCUCCACAGGGAAGUGGACUCGGCCUCAAGGGGAGGUGAAGGGCUGGGAUGACUGGCUUGCCAUGCAAGGGGACCUCACCCCCCGUCUGGACGCCAUCUUGUCGGGCACUAAUAUGACAGACCUUUGGACCAACGCCAGCAGGCCCAAGCCAGAGGACGAUGACCUGAGAAAGUCGAUUUGGCGGGUAUCGAGCGAGUUCCUCUCCCGACCAAUGACUAUUGCCCUAGGGUUUAGACUGUUUGGCUUAAACCCGUAUUCCAAACCCCUCACCAUCCACUUGAUAGGGGUUUCUAACAAUGAGACCCUGGGAGCCCGACUGACGGACUAUGUUGAACUGGACCGAAUGUUCCCUGGACACAAGGGUCUGGAGGUGGUGAUGGUGGGGCCAGAGGUUGUGGACGGGCCAAUCAUGAGGCCCCCACUGACUAACUUUGGUCCCAAGACGAUGACCUAUAUCAGUGCCUACAAGGGCCUCUACCACCAGUUCUUUGAGGAGCUUGUGGAGACCGAGAAAGCAGCUAAGCCAGAUCUGGUGGUUGGAUUUCACCCAGGCUUUGAUGCCAGUCAAGGCCUCGAUCAGGGCUGGCUACCAACACUGCUACUCCUCAGGGACUACGAGAUCCCCUCCCUAUUUACUGCACUAGAGAAGACAGAGAUGACCUACUCCUUGCAGAUCCUCUCAGAGUUGGAGAUGGAUUUAAAAGGCAGUGGAGUCAACCCUUUUGCCUCCCAGAAACCAGAGCAGGUCCAGGCCACUCCUAACAAACCACCUGUAUAUUGCAACUCCCAUUACUUCUGCUUCCAGGGCCUACUGGAAACAGUGGAGUUUGAAGAACCAGAGGACGAUUGAGAAUUGAAUUGAAGUCGAACACUAACGGGACAUUGAUAUUCAAGACACAAAGAACAUUUUAGGUGUAGGGAGAAGACACAGAUAUCGUUUUUAUCGACUUCAAGUGAGAAAAAGAGGUGCAAUAGUAACAGUAGUUCAGUCAAGAGCGGAGGUAUGUUAAAGCAUUUGCAUUGACUAUCUAAUUGCUCAUCCAUGGUAAGUGGAAUUACAUUGAACGUUUAUCUCUCACCAUUUGAAUUUACUCAUACGAAACCUUUGUCUUGUUGGCAGGCAAUAGAUUGUUUGCAUAGAUUUUGGACAGUAGCAUUUGCACUCAUUUUCUACACGAGCCAUGUGUUUCUGAGCCAAUGUACAAGGCAGUGACAGUUGUGUGCAUCUACGAAAUGAGUUUGCAUGUUGCUACACUUACUGUGGUUCAACAAACUGCUUACAGGAGAUAUCAGAGGUCGCUUUUCUAAUUGCAGUCACUGUGAUCAUUUAAAAAAAAUCAAAAAGCAGAACCAACACGCAAUAAUUAGUGAAGCCAAGUUGCUGGUACACUGGAACAUGUUUAAUCGCAAAAGAGGACAGCAGCACACAGGUUUUCGAUGUACUUAGUUCAUUAUUGAUUUGAAAUACUAUCAGCUGUUAGACUGCUGAAAUAAUAAAUGUAUUUAUUCCAGAAACACCUCAAUGACUUCAAGUGUACCUUUGUGGAUUUGACAUUUGAAGACAGAAAAAAGCCAAAGCCAUAUAUUCUUGCAUUAUGUUGAUUUAUUUGAAGGUAUUUGUUAGUAGUGUUUAAUCAAAUACAUACGCUCUUUCCAUCUUUUUGAACAUUUCUGUUCUGAAGUCUGAUGUUCUUGAAAUAUACUUUUUGUGAAGAAGUAGUAUUGCCUUUUACCAUUAAAGUGAUGCUUUUUUAAAAACAAAACAUGCUCAUCA